AUGACAGAAAGGUCUGAAGGGAAGCUGAGUAGUCUGAAAGGGACAGAGGAGUUUCAAAGAGACAGAAGGCCUGAAGAAGGGGAGAUCACACUGGUCCCUGUGAAGCCUGAAGAAGGGGAGAUCACACUGGUCCUUGUGGAGCCUGGAGAAGAAAAGGAGAUCACGCUGGUCCCUGUGGACCCUGAAGAAGAAGAGGAGACUACACUGGCCUUUGUAGAGCGUAAAGAAGAAGAGGAGAUCACACUGGUCCCUGUGGAGCCUGGAGAAGUGCAGAUAACACUGGUCCCUGUGGAACCUGAAGAAGAAGAGGAGACUACACUGGCCCCUGUAGAGCCUGAAGAAGAACCUGAAGAAGGGGAGAUCACACUGGUCCCUGUGAAGCCUGAAAAAGAGAAGAUCACACUGGUCCCUCUGAAGCCCAAAGAAGGGGAGAUUACACUGGUCCUUGUGGAGCCUGGAGAAGAAAAGGAGAUCACGCUGGUCCCUGUGGACCCUGAAGAAGAAGAGGAGACUACACUGGCCUUUGUAGAGCGUAAAGAAGAAGAGGAGAUCACACUGGUCCCUGUGGAGCAUGGAGAAGAAAAGGAGAUCAUGCUGGUCCCUGUGGAGCCUGAAGAAGAAAUGCAGAUCACACUGGUCCCUGUGGAACCCAAAGACGAAGAUGAGACUACACUGCCGCCUGUAGAGCCUGAAGAAGAGGAGAUCACACUUGUCCCUGUGGAACCUGAAGAAGAAGAGGAGACUACACUGUCCCUGUAG